GUUGAAAAGCGUCGGGCACGCGAUCGAGGAGGUAGAGAAGUGUGCUGAGGCGGGAGAUCGUCGAGGAGGGCGACGAGAAGGGGGUGAACUCCAUGGGGAUCCGGUUUGUGUUGUUGGUGAACAAGCAAGGACAGACGCGGCUGGCGCAGUACUACGCGGAGCACCUCACCCUCGACGAACGCCGCGCCCUCGAGGGCGAGAUCGUGCGCAAGUGCCUCGCCCGCACCGAGCAACAGUGCUCAUUUGUUGAGCAUCGGAACUACAAAAUCGUGUACAGGCGCUACGCAUCACUUUUCUUCUUAGUAGGAGUUGACAAUGAUGAGAACGAACUAGCAAUCUUGGAAUUCAUACAUCUGUUUGUUGAGACAAUGGACCGCCAUUUUGGUAAUGUGUGUGAGCUCGACAUCAUGUUCCAUCUCGAGAAGGCGCAUUUCAUGCUGGAAGAGAUGGUGAUGAAUGGGUGCAUCGUGGAGACCAGCAAGUCGAACAUCUUGGCACCAAUUCAACUCAUGGAAAAAGCUUCUUGAUUCAUGCUUGCUGUAAUAAUAAUACCCCAUUACUUGUGGUUUUCCGAAAACUCGGUGCAAUAUAAAUGAAACUGAGUUGCCGCCGUAGGCUAUUUCGUGUGCAUCAUCAAAUGACAACUGACAUGAAGCUGUUACCAGCAAAUCUUAGCCAAUUUCAUUCCUACUUGUACUAUUACAUCAUAACUCUAGAUUGAUUGGGAGCAUCUUUUCUUAAUCAA